GAAGUCCAAAGAAGCCAAACCAAAUAAGCAGACUCCCAACUUGCACCCAUGGACACUCCCAACCCAAGCCCGAACCCGAACCCAUCAUCCAUGCGGGUCCUAGUCCGCCCACCUCCUUCACCCACCACAUUCACAGCCACUUCCUAUUCACCCUCUCAAACCCUUCCGGUACCCUCCUCCUCAGACCCUCCUUCCUCCGACGGCGUGGUCGUCGUGGGCUUCAUCGGGCGGAGCCCCGACGACUCGGCCCAACUCAUCAACCGGAUCCUCGACUUCAAUGUGUUCGGGUCGGGCAAUCUUGAUAAAAGCCUUUGUCUUGAGAAAGAGGAGCUCAGGGACUGGUUCAGGUGGCGAAGAAUCAGUUACUUCCAUGAACAGAAAAAGGGCAUUCUGUUUUUGCAGUUCUGCUCCACUCGCUGCCCCGCCAUGGACGAUGGGUUCUCGGAGUCCGGGUCGGGUUUUGACUCGCCGAUAGAAGAGCACGACUUUGGGGACCUUCAGGGGCUGUUGUUCAUGUUCUCUGUUUGCCAUGUAAUCAUAUAUAUUCUGGAAGGGUCACGGUUUGAAUCUCAACUCCUGAAAAAUUUUCGAGUGUUACAAGCUGCCAAGCAUGCUUUGGCUCCAUUUGUGAGAUCUCAAACUUUGCAGCCAACACCAUCCAGGCCACCUUCGUCAUUAUCAUCUGCGCGGCCUACCACAUCUACAACCUCCACUAACAAUUCUUCUCAAGGUAGAAGUGGUAGCAUCUUGAAUCGCAAUGCUUCUUCCAUUUCGCUAAUGUCAGGCUUAGGUUCCUACACCUCUUUGUUUCCAGGACAGUGUACCCCAGUCACACUGUUUGUUUUUAUUGAUGAUUUCUCUGAUGUGCCAAAUCCCAGUUCUAAUGUGGAGGAGUCGUCAGAUACAUCCUCACAUAAUCAAUCAUCUAGUUUGGGCAGUUUAGCAAGGCCAAGCUUACCUGUUAAAGGUUCUGGUUCAGUGGUUGUGCUUGCACGCCCUGUGAGUAAAUCUGAGGGUAGUUUUAGGAAGAAACUGCAGUCAUCACUUGAAGCACAGAUUCGUUUCUUAAUUAAGAAGUGUAGAACACUCUCAGGUUCUGAAACAAGUCAUGCAGGGUCAAGAAGCGGGGGGGCUUCAAGUUCUGCACCUUUAUUCUCACUCGAUGCAUCAAGGGCUGUUCUGUUGUUAGAUAGGUGUACAAAUCAGAGGGGUGAAUCUCUUGAAUUUGCCACUGGACUUGUGGAAGAUGUUUUGAAUGGAAAGGGAACUUCAGAUUCUCUUCUGCAUGAAAGUCAUGGUCAGAGUGCAAGCAAAGAGGAUAUCAUAUCAGUGAAGGAGUUCAUUGUCAGGCAAUCUGAUAUUCUAAGAGGGAGGGGAGGACUGGUAAGUAAUUCCAGUAGUGGUGGUGUUGGUAUGGCUGCUGUUGCUGCAGCUGUCGCUGCUGCGUCAGCUGCAUCAGCUACUUCUGGAAAGACGUUUUCUACCCCUGAACUUCCAAAUUUCCAAAUUUGGUUAUCUUCCAGUCAACAAAUUCUUCGUGGAGUUCUUUCUGCAAAAGGCGGGUGCAUAGAUGAAACUGAAUUUAGCAAAAGAAAACCUCGGGUAAGAAACACUGUUCCACAGACUGUUGAAGGAAUUUCUUCAAAAGGUUUGGAUCCCCUAGAUUUGGCAGUAUCUUGGUUGGAAAGUGGUAAAAAGCUGAACACAAAAUUUUCAACUUUGUGGUGUGAAAGGACCCUUCCAGCUACUAAAGAGGUUUAUCUGAAAGACUUGCCUGUUUGUUACGCAACUUCACAGCAUGAAGCCCAUCUAGAGAAGGCUUUGCAUGCUUUCCACUCAAUGGUAAAAGGAAGUGCAGUGCAACAUUUUGCAAAAAAGCUGGAGGAUGAAUGCACAUCCAUCUGGAAAUCUGGAAGGCAACUGUGUGAUGCCAUUAGUUUGACCGGAAAACCAUGUAUGCACCAGAGACAUGAGGUUGAGACUAGUGAGUCACUUUCAGGGGCUCCCGUGAAGCAACAUUCCAGUGGAUAUGUGUUCCUUCAUGCAUGUUCUUGUGGUCGAUCACGAAGACUACGAUCUGAUCCUUUUGACUUUGAAUCAGCAAACAUUACUUUCAAUUGCUUUCCAGAAUGUGACAAGCACCUUCCCACGCUUCAAUUACCUGAAGUAAAUAAUACAGGGCCUAUUCAACCUUCCUCAUGGAGUUUGAUUCGCAUUGGUGGUGCAAAGUACUAUGAACCUUCUAAGGGUUUGCUUCAAAGUGGGUUCUCUUCCUCUCAGAAGUUUCUUUUAAAAUGGACAAUAUUUUUGGAAAAACAGAAAAGCCCAAACGACCUACCUGUCAGUGCAGUGCAUCAAGGUUCUGUAGAUAGGUCAGAUACAAACUUGAAGUUUGAAUCUAAAUCUGAUGUACAGUUUUACACAGGGGAUUUAAAAUCUGGAGUUGGAAAUCUUAGAAAGCCUGCAGAAGACAUAGUGUCUGAUGAUAAUAAAAUCAGUUUCGGUAAAGGUCUUCCCAACUUUACUAUGAGAAAAGCCUUUUCUGAGGUCGUUGCUGGAACAGCAGGUGCAGAUUCAGGAUUUCCUCCUAUCCAGCAGAGAAAAACUUCAUCUGGUUUAGAUAAUAGUAUCAACAAAACUAGGACAAGGGAUCAGAUUGUAGAAAGGACUAGUGAUAAAGGACCUUCGAAGUCUGAAGAUGUUGUAUCUGUUCCAGAGAAGUUUAGCAGGAUUAGCAGCACAAAUGGUGACCCCUAUGUACGAAUAGGUAGUAACGUAGUUCCUGUGAACCUGAAUGGCAGUGAAAGGCUCAAAAUGAAUCCUUCUUUAAAACAUGUAGUAGUGUAUGUUGGAUUCGAGCAUGAGUGCCCCCAUGGCCACCGUUUUCUAUUAAAUCCUGAGCAUCUUAGUGAGCUUGGAUCCUCAUAUCAAUUGCAUGAAGAGUCUUUGGAAAACUCAGACCAUAGUUUGGCGGAGGCUUUCAAAAUCAAUAGGAAUGGUUUCAAUGCUAAAGUUCAUCGAAAUUCAAAUAGGAUGACUGUUACUGCUGCAAAUAAGGAGAGACGUGUAAAUAAGUCAAAAGAGAUAGUAACUAAUGGUAAUCUGAAUUUCGAUGGGCUAAUACAGUUCUCAGGACCAGCGAAGGAGCAGAAUCAAACAUCUUUUAGUGCAUCUGCACUCCCAAAUUUUUCCAAACAUCUUGAAGGGAGCUGUCAGUCUGUUAGUCUUGAUGAUGGUGGAAGUGCCUUCUCCAUGUUGAAUAGAAAUUUACCAAUCUAUAUGAACUGCCCACACUGCAGGCACUCUAGGGAUAAGCAAAAUCCACCGAAGACUAAGUUUGCUGGCACAAUAUCACAACUUCAAAGGAUUUUUGUGGUCACACCCCCCUUUCCAGUGAUAUUAGCUACUUGCCCAGUAAUACAAUUUGAGGCAUCAUGUCUACCAACAUCAGUCCCAGAACGUGAGCAGAAGUUGCAGUUCACCCUUGGAUGCCAAGUGGUUUUACCUCCAGAGAGUUUCAUUACCCUUAGACUCCCAUUUGUGUAUGGCGUGCAACUGGAGGAUGGAAGUUUACGUUCUCUUAAUUGUCUUGAACAUCAACCGGAAGUAACAGCUUGGAUUACCAAAGGAACAACAUUGCAGGUCAUGUCCAAGAGAAACUGUGUUGGUCAAGAUGAAUUUCUCACAUAGUCAGAAUUGUUGAUCCACAGGAUUUGACCUCUAUCCUUGCUGAGUUUGCAAAGGCAGAUUUAGUUCGCUCCAUUACAUUCAGGCUAAGGUUUUUAUGGAUAAACAUCAUGGUGCGUAUGAUGAUUGAUAAAUUCCAACCUCAAAACACAUAUGAGCUUUCUCAUCUGUAGCCAGGCAUGGUUUUGAACCUGUAGGUGGCUGGUGCUUGAGGGAAGCUUUUUAGGGCCAUGGCAUGCUGUUUGGUCUUUAUUUGUCCUCUCUUGCACUGGAAUGCCAGUAGCUUAUACGCAUACUUACUAUCAUAUGCUACUUCUGACGAUCUGGCUUCCAAGAUGUGGUACACUUCUGGUCCUAUAUGCUACCAGAUCCAAAAUGUCCUUCCAUAUUAUCUUGUGUUUAUUACUUUUGAAAGGAACAUGACGAUAAUAUAUAUAAAAGAUGUUUGGUCUUAGAUUGUCUUAUCACGUUCAAACAGUAUAGUUAAACAUUAUAUGAAAAGUUGAUUUAACUCUAUCCCUAUCAUUCAAUGUUCUGCGAUAGGUGAGCAUAACAUUUAGUUACGAAUGUGUGUAUCAGGUUCCUGUUCUGUUCUGUGAACCAUAAAGUUCACGUUUUAGUGCAUGUAUAUUGAAAUGCACAUGUAGACCUAUGCUUCUUGCAAGAGGUAGACUCUGGGGAUAUUAUAUAUGACCUUCUAAUGACUCAAAUGAGUUAUUAAAACUUGAAA